AUCUAGAGAAAUCCGAAGGCCAAACGUUAUAUGUACACUUCCGGUGUCGGCGUCCCACAUGUAUUUUUGAAAUAUUGUUUUAUCUAUUGAUUCCAGUACUUUUAUCUUACACCGAUCAGUUUUUUGUCCUGACUUAGGAUGGAUCAGGAACUGUAUGAUGAGUUUGGUAAUUACGUAGGUCCUGAAUUAGAUAGUGAUGAGGAAGAUGAGGACGCUGAUGAAGAUCAGAACAGAGAGGAUGCCAUGGCUGAAUAUGCAGGGGAAGAUGACGAUGAUGACAUGGAUGCUGAUGAUAAUGAUGAUGCAGCUGAGAUGCAAGUUGUCUUACAUGAGGAUAAGAAAUAUUAUCCUACAGCAGAGGAGGUGUAUGGUCCUGAAGUAGAGACUAUUGUACAAGAAGAAGAUACACAGCCAUUGACAGAACCAAUUAUAGCUCCUGUGAAAAAGAAGAAAUUUACAAUGGCUGAACAAGAUCUACCGGAAACAGUUUAUAAUAUGGAAUUUUUGGCUGAUUUGAUGGACAGUCCAGAUCUGAUCAGAAAUGUAACAUUGUGUGGACAUCUUCACCAUGGAAAGACUUCUUUUGUUGAUUGUUUGAUGCUUCAAACACAUCCUGAGAUGCAGGUCAAUGAUGAAAAAGAUCUUCGUUACUCAGACAUCUUAUUCACAGAGCAGGAGAGAGGAUGCAGCAUCAAAUCAACACCUAUAACCCUAGUGCUGCCAGACACCAGAAACAAGUCCUAUCUUGUCAAUAUGUUUGAUACGCCAGGGCAUGUAAAUUUUUCUGAUGAAACAACAGCAGCCUUCAGACUUAGUGACGGAGCAGUUAUAUUUGUAGAUGCAGCUGAAGGUGUAAUGUUGAACACAGAAAGAUUGAUAAAGCAUGCUGUACAGGAAAGACUUCCUAUCACUGUGUGUAUUAAUAAAGUAGAUCGACUGAUACUGGAAUUAAAAUUACCGCCAACAGAUGCUUAUUAUAAACUCAGACAUAUACUGGAGGAAAUAAACAGUUUAAUCAGUGUUUACUCAGAAGAAGAUGAAGGCCAGGUUAUCUCCCCUGUUUUAGGAAAUGUGUGCUUUGCUAGCUCAUACUUCAGAUUCUGUUUUACAUUGGGAUCUUUUGCUAAAAUUUACAGUGAUACAUAUGGUGGUAUAAAUGAAAAAGAAUUUGCAAGGAGAUUAUGGGGUGAUAUUUAUUUCAAUGCUGCAACGAGAAAGUUCACAAAGAAACCUCAAACUGGAUCUGCUCAAAGAAGUUUUGUAGAAUUUAUUCUGGAACCAUUAUACAAAAUAUUUGCACAGGUUGUUGGUGAUGUUGAUGAUUGUUUACCCAGAGUAUGUGAUGAACUUGGUAUUGCAUUAACAAAGGAGGAAAGAAAACUAAACAUUCGUCCAUUAAUGAGAUUAGUAUGGCAAAGAUUCUUUGGAGAUUUCACUGGCUUUGUUGACAUGAUCGUAGAACAUAUAAAAUCUCCUAUGACCAAUGCACAGACUAAAAUAGAACAUAUGUAUACUGGACCAAGUGAUUCUGAUCUAGCUGAGCUGAUGGCACAAUGUGAUCCAGAGGGACCAUUAAUGAUCCACACUACAAAAUUGUACCCAACACAAGAUGCUACAAGUUUCCAUGUGUUUGGAAGAGUCAUCAGUGGUACUUUACAUUCCAACCAGGAAGUAAGAAUACUAGGAGAAAACUAUUCUCUUCAAGAUGAGGAAGAUUCAAGAUUUGGUCAAGUUGGUCGACUUUGGGUGUCCGAGGCGAGAUACAAAGUAGAAGUAAAUAGAGUACCAGCAGGUAAUUGGAUCCUUAUAGAAGGUAUUGACCAGCCUAUAGUCAAAACAUCCACUAUUACAGAUGUAUCCAGUAAUGAAGAGGUGUAUAUAUUUAGACCACUCAAAUUUAACACCAACUCUGUGAUUAAGAUAGCAGUUGAACCAGUCAACCCAUCAGAACUUCCAAAAAUGUUGGAUGGUUUACGUAAGGUUAACAAAAGUUAUCCACUUUUAAAUACUAAGGUAGAAGAAUCAGGAGAACACAUUAUUUUAGGUACAGGUGAACUGUAUCUGGACUGUGUCAUGCAUGAUCUCAGGAAGAUGUACUCAGAAAUUGAUAUAAAAGUAGCAGAUCCAGUAGUAUCAUUCUGUGAGACAGUUGUGGAGACAUCAUCACUUAAAUGUUUUGCUGAGACACCUAAUAAAAGAAAUAAGUUGACAAUGAUUGCUGAACCUUUGGAGAAGGGAUUGGCUGAAGAUAUUGAGAAUGAAGUUGUACAAAUAACAUGGCCAAGGAAAAGGCUUGGAGAAUUUUUCCAGACAAAAUAUGAUUGGGAUUUGUUGGCAGCUAGGUCUAUUUGGGCCUUUGGUCCUGAUGCUACUGGACCCAAUAUUCUUGUAGAUGAUACUCUACCAUCUGAGGUAGAUAAAAGUUUACUAGGAGCUGUAAAGGAUAGUAUAGUACAAGGGUUCCAGUGGGCCACAAGAGAAGGACCUUUAUGUGAUGAACCAAUUAGAAAUGUCAAAUUUAAGAUAUUAGAUGCUGUGAUAGCACAGGAACCAAUCCACAGAGGAGGUGGACAGAUUAUACCAACAGCUCGUAGAGUGGCAUACUCUGCUUUCCUUAUGGCUACCCCACGUAUGAUGGAACCAUACUACUUUGUAGAAGUAAUGGCUCCAGCAGAUUGUGUAUCAGCAGUAUAUACAGUUUUAGCAAGAAGAAGAGGCCAUGUUACCCAGGAUGCACCUGUACCAGGAUCACCAUUAUACACAAUCAAAGCUUUCAUCCCUGCUAUUGAUUCCUUUGGUUUUGAGACAGAUCUGAGAACACAUACUUUAGGACAAGCCUUUUGUCUGUCAGUAUUCCAUCAUUGGCAGAUAGUACCUGGAGAUCCACUGGACAAAAGUAUUAUAAUCCGACCAUUGGAACCACAGCCAGCCACACAUUUAGCUAGAGAAUUCAUGAUCAAAUCAAGACGAAGAAAGGGCCUAAGUGAGGAUGUCAGUAUCAAUAAGUUUUUCGACGAUCCUAUGUUGUUGGAGCUGGCUAAACAAGAUGUCAUGCAAAAUUAUCCCAUGUAGAUCAAUGCAAUAGACUUUUUUAAACAAGACAACAUGCAAAACUAUCCCAUGUAGAACAGUACAAUCAUGUAUAACAAUGUUACAGGGAAGAAUAGGAUGAUUUACGUCUUUGAUUGGAGUCCAUUUACAGAACAGUAAAAUUGGAUUUUAUCAGCAAUAAUCAAAGAAACAGGGAAAAAUUAUAAAACAGUGUGCUGUCAUUAUCUAUCAUGUUUUACAUCAUCAUGGCCUAAUUCAGGAAUGACGUUAAAGACUUCUCUAUGUUCAAGUUGUUAUGUUAGUCAUAGUAGUUAUAUUAAUAUGGAAUAUCACAUUUUGUCUCUUUUAAAAGUGGCAAAUGCACAAUAGUAACAAUUCACAAAACUAUCUAUGGACAAUUCAACUUUAGCAGCAUUUGGAUGAGUGUAUGCUACCUUUUCUAUUUAUCGAAUAUUCUUACGGUCAUGUCCCUAUUGUAAUGUUGUUGUCACUCUCAUAGUUUGUUUUGAUUACUUUGUCAUGACAAUAGUUUGAGUCUGUGUGUGUAUGUGAAAGAGAGUUGAAAGCAUACUUUUACUUUUGAUCUUUAUGUGAAAUUGAUGAAAACAGUGAAUGUAGUUUAAUGCAAAGCAGCAUUAAAUAUAAUCAUCAAGCUGUGUAUGACAAUAGCAAUUUGCCUGAAAUUAGACAUUUGGCAACAAAUAAUCUGCAUGGCCUUAAUUGGCCAAUUUGAUUUUGUCACAAUGUUAAAAUGUUUGAUCAAAAAGAUUAGCAAAUACUGUGAAAAACUAUGGCAAAUUGUUGUGUGCAGCUGGUCCAGAUAUUUUGAAAUUUUUUGCAAGGAACUAUCAAAGAGAAAAAAUGAUAAAAUAUCAAAAAUAAAGCAACACAUCAAAGAACUGUAACAUUGAUUUUAAGUGUUAAAUGAAGAAGUAUCAUUUCUAAAUAAUCAUAAUGGUGGAAUUAGGUAUUAUGGAGUUAUGGUUAUUUUGUAGCUGAACUCUACUAGGUGCAAUCUUACCAUUCUGUCAACAGCUGUGUAUAUUAAAAGU